AUGGCGGAUGAAGGGGGCACUGACACGGUCACCGAGGAACCCAAGCGUCGCUACGAUGUUUUUCUGUGCUUCAGAGGGAAUGACACGCGCUGCACCUUCACAGGUAAUCUCUAUGCUGCUUUGCGGCAGGCCAGAUUCAGAACUUUCAUGGCUGACGGCACGUUGAAGGGUAGCGUCCAGAUUGAGAAUACUAUCAUUGAAGCGUUGAAAGCAUCCAGGAUUUCGAUCGUCGUUCUCUCCCAAAACUUUGCGUCUUCCAGGUGGUGCCUUAAUGAACUUGUCAAGAUCUUAGAGUGCAUGAGGACAAAGAACCAAGUUGUUAUUCCAAUCUUUUACAACGUCGAUCCCUCCGAUGUAAGAAACCAACGGGGUAGAUUUGGCGAAGCCAUGAUGUUUAGGUUCGGAGAGGACACUAAGGAAGUGCAGAAGUGGAGGUCAGUUUUGACUCAAGUGGCCAACUUAUCAGGAUGGUGUUUCGGAAGAGGAAGCGGGUUCAAAUAUGAAUAUGAAUUCAUUGAAGAGAUUGUGCGACACGUCACGUUGGUUCUACCCCGCUAUAGCAUUUUUCUCAGUUUCAGUGGAAAAGAAACACGCACCUUCACAGGUUUUCUCAACAACGCUUUGUGCCGAAGGGGAUUCCACACCUUCAUCAGUGAUGGGGACCAGAGUUCACAAUCUACUAUUGGAGUUAUUGAAAAAUCAAGGCUUUCAAUCGUUAUACUUCUUCGGCUUUGCUUUAGAGACCCCUCUCCCAUUUCCAUGGACAAGUCUUCAUCUGCAGAAAUAAAUGAAGAAUAA